GCUCGCAGCAGCAGCUGCCGCGCGUAGAGCUGAUUGUUGGGAGAGUCGGAAGGAGGCGCCUCCACCUGGUCCUGCCGCCCGGAUUCAGCGGCCAACUCAACCUGAAGUGUCGGGACCUGCCCUCAUUCUCUCCCCGCGCUCUUGUGCUGUGCGAGCGGGUUCGGCCACUCCCUACUCUUUGGAUAGCGAGGCCGGUGGAGUAAGGGGUCUAGGCUGCCGCCAGAGACUCUGCCCUGUUCUGUGACUUUCUGAAAGGUGACUGCUGGUGUCGCCGGACUGAAACAGAGCCUGGGGUGGGACGCGGGGAGCCGGCUUUGAUUGCAGGGCCGCUGACUGCUGCUUCUCGGGUGCUUUGAAUUGGCUUCUGCGGCCCUGCUCCGCCCCAUCUUCCUCUCCCGCCUUCAGCGAAGCCACACCGGCGACACCUGCUCGCUCCAGUUGGAGGUUGGAGCUCGUACCUUCUCAGUGGUGACGCCCCUGGCGCGCUGGUGACAGCAGGGCAGAGGCGGGUUUCUCUCCCUCCCCGUCCACCAUGCCGAAAGGGGCCGCUGGCUACAUGCGUGGGGCUCUGCCCGCAGCCCUCGAAAGCUUGAGCCAGGGCCUGAAGCUAGCCGGGAGCUGUUGCUAAGUGGACAAGUGGACUGAGCGGACCGCACAAAGUCUCCGUGAGGGCGCCCGCGGGCACUGGGCUGCGAGCUGCGGGCACAGGGGCGCCGGGACGGCGGCUGGAGUCUCCCCUGCAACUUGACCGCAUCUGCCACUCCGCACUAGAUGGUGGAGGCUGCUUCCCCGAAGGUGAACCACCCCCAACCACUUGCCUUUCCCCAGAGAACGGGAGGGCGGGCUGGAGACCGGGACUGCCGCAGGUGUGAGGGAGUGUGCGUGAGCCGCCGAGUCCUCGGCGCGAGGGGCCCACCCGCGAUGGAGCUGGAGCGGUAAUUGCUGCGAGACCGCUCUGAGCCUCACACCGGGGAGCUGAGCGCACGGCGCGCGUCCGCCCGGAGCUGCGGGACUGGGGUUUGGCCUCGCCAACACAGCUGCUGAUUACUUGGGCACCGUGGAAUAAAGAGGCGGGGAGAGAGAGGAGCACUCGCUUUUGCACUCCACCUUCCAAUCGCUUUUGGGGGAAAUUCUAGUUUGGAUGUCGGGAGAUUCCUGAGCCUUCUGUGCCAUCGGAGGAGGAAACGCAUCCUCGCGCGCGCGCACACACGCACGCCCCGGGCCACACUUGCACGCCCUCCGCCAGCGCACACCCGCCGGACCCGGGUUCCCUAUGCCCCUGGAUGCUGACGGCGGAUUGGCAUCUCGGAAGCGAUGCGAGCGCGGUAAGGCUGGCGCCGGCCCGCGGACGCUGCAGGAGCUUCGCUAGGUGUUGCCACCUCCGGGAAGCCGGGCUGCAGGAUGAGUAAGAGAUAUUUACAGAAAGCAACAAAAGGAAAACUGCUAAUAAUAAUAUUCAUUGUCACCUUGUGGGGGAAAGUUGUAUCCAGUGCCAACCAUCAUAAAGCUCAUCAUGUUAAAACGGGAACUUGUGAGGUGGUGGCACUCCACAGAUGCUGUAAUAAGAAUAAGAUAGAAGAACGGUCACAAACUGUUAAGUGUUCCUGCUUCCCGGGACAGGUGGCUGGCACCACAAGAGCUGCUCCAUCUUGUGUAGAUGCUUCAAUAGUGGAGCAGAAGUGGUGGUGCCACAUGCAGCCCUGUCUAGAGGGAGAGGAGUGUAAAGUUCUUCCUGAUCGGAAAGGAUGGAGCUGUUCCUCCGGGAAUAAAGUGAAAACUACCAGAGUCACCCAUUAGCCAAGGGAUAAACCAAGUGAUCCUCAAGGCUGAGGAUACUGAACAUGUGCAUUGAAACUUAACUCCUGGGGUGAUCUUGAUGGAAGAUUUUUAUACCUGUCAGAAGAGGUGCUCCUGAGUCCAUUAUCCCACAGGAUUCACAGGAUUUCAUGACUCACGAUUAGCCUUUGCUUGAAACCAAGACUUUAAAAAAAGAGCGACAUGAACUUCUAUGUCAAGAAGAUGUCGUCGCAGUUGAACUGUGUUCCAUCUGGAAAAGCGUUGAAGGAGUUAGAAGUUGCCAUCGGCAGAGCUGGGCAAGAGUUAUGGUUUUCAGGAUAAUGUCUGAGACAGCAGCCACCUUUGGGAUUCUUGUCUACAGAUGUGACUGCUUUUCUCAUCUCUGAAAUCGCCUCCCAUGUGCCCUGUCCUUCUGUUAUGGCUGUGUCCCUGGCUCCUCUGUUGAUUGGCUAAUGGGACUGAACUGCUUUCCUGACAUUUCGUUUGCAAACUUCUCCUCUGGCAUGGUAUAGACAGAGACCAUUUUAUUUGUACUCUGGUCCUGGAGCUCUGAAAACCUACAUGUUUUAACAUCUUAAAGUUGCUUUUCUUAAAGGAGUGGAAAUAUAUAUCCAUUGAUAAUAAUUAUUGUUGGCAAGUAAUAAUUACCUGAAUACAUCAAUCACAUAAGAAUGUAUAGACAAGUUGACAUGUUUCCCCCAGGCUAACAACACUACUACAGCUCUCUGUCAGUUAAAUACGUAGCUGCUAGAACCGGAUUCCCAUUCUCAUUACACAAUACUUAGUACCUCUGGAGCACUCUCCCUUUCUGGUUUUUCUUUUUCCUUCUUUCUCUCUUUCUUUCUUUCUUUCUUUUGUAAUGGGCUUUUUCUUUAGUAUUUUAUGAAUCCUUUUUGCUUUCACAGAAAUCAGUGGUGAGCAGUCACGUUAUUAGGUAGCCUUAGUUUAAAAAUUCUCCAGGGAUGCAUGUGCUGUUCUGAUUUCUUAGCUUGGAAAAUCACCGACUUAGAUUUUUUCUCGUAUUUUUUUAAGUUAUCCUUUUUUUUCCCCCCCAUUUUAAAACACUGUACCUUGCUCGAUCCCGAUGACUGUUUGAAUGCUUCUGUAUUUGUUUGUUCAGUCUCUUGAUAGAAUAAAGUGUUCAUUUUCCAUCAUCUCAAGUUUCUAAAUAUUGACAGAGUUGUCUCAUUCAAACAGUUUCUUAGGCCAGUACUUUGUCCAGAUUUUCAUAGUCAUCUUAACAUUUGUGAUUUUCAGUUUCACAGGAGAAUCCUAUAAAUAUUUAAAGGCCUUAAACAUGUAUGUACUUUUUUUUCUAUGCUGUUACAGA